AUGGCCGUCCAGAACAGAAGGCUCGCUCUGCUGCCCAUCCUUGUGGCAAUCGCCCUGGGUGCUUGCUUGACAUGCAGAGGCAGCACCUUUGUGGGCUCUUUGACGCUCAGCCAAAGGGUGCCCGCUGCAACCCGGCGUGAGGUCACAGGAUCCGCAAUGCUUCAGAGUGCUGCGCACCACGAGGUGCGUCCUGGUGGGCACGAGCAGUUCUACUUAGAGAACCCAGUGCGCGCGGCCUUUGCAGCCGGAUUGGCAAUUUUGCUGGGACUGGGCUUUUUGCAGGCGCCGGCUUUUGCUGAGAGCAAACGAGUGGUGGGGGAAAUUCCUGCAUCUGGAUUCAUCUUCAAGGAUACAAUCAACGUGGAGGCUUUUGAGGAUCCGAAAGUAUCUGGAGUCUCGCUGUACAUCUCGGAUUUUUCUCGAUCAAUGGCCGAUCGGGUUAGCAAAGGCGACUUCUUCUCAGAUCCAGGGGCUGCCGGCCUGACAUGCGCCAAGAAUGGCCCAGUUAUGAUCUCCCCGGAUCUGAAGCCAACCAAAGAGGGCGAAGAUGUCUUCACAGAAUCGCGAGCGAUUCUCUUCAAGACACUGAAGGUCAAGCGCAUCUAUGAUGCGGAUGCGAAGAACAUCCUUUAUGUAGCUUUCACGGAGCGUAUGGAUAACAGCAACGACAGCAACAAGAGCCUUGCGCGAGACAUUGCUGACUCGCUGCUGGCAGUCUCCGACUACCAGGCCUUCGUGGCGCUAAUGCAGCGACACUUGUUUUCAGAUGCCGAUGGCAUCGACCCGUUGCAGGCUGACAACAUGAGCGUUGCAGUGCUGAACACGUGUGAUGGCUUUUGCAUGCAGCUAAAGCUGAAAUGGAACAAAGACGAAUUCGAUAUCGACAUCGAGGAAGGAUCCACCGUCGAGGUCUUCAAAACACAGGUUUGGACUUUGACUCAAGUGCCCAUGGAUAGGCAGAAGUUUCUGGGCUUUCCCGGCGGUAUGCUGAAGGAUACCGACGACCUGAUGGCCAAGGUGGCCAAGCUGAAGCCAGGGCAGAAAGUUCAGCUCAUGGGCACUCCAGAGGGCAAAGAGUUGAAAGCUCCAGAGGAGAAAGUUGUUUUCGAAGAGGAUCUCUCUCCCGAAGAGAAGGCAAAAAUCUUGAAAGAAAAGAAGGUGGAAAUUCCACCAGCCGGAAUCAAGAACCUGGGCAACACCUGCUACAUGAAUGCCACCCUGCAAUGCCUCAACAGAGUAGGAGAUUUGAGAGAAGCUCUCAAUCAGUACCAGCCACCUGCGACCGAGGUAAGGGACAUUGAUUCCGUACUCACGGCCCAGCUGAAAACCGUGAACUCACAGCUGACCAGCACGACUGAUUCAAUCGUACCGAUGCAAUUUGUGAUGGCGUUGCGACAGCGGUUUCCGAGGUUUGCAGAGAUGCAGAACGGAACGCCAAUGCAGCAGGAUGCAGAUGAGUGUCUCCGAGGGUUGCUCACGACUUUGUCGGGGACCCUGAGAGGCAGCAGCGAGUCUGCAAACAGGAUAGAUGAACUGUUUGGCUACAAGCUCAAGUCCACACUGCGAUGCUUAGAGUGUGACGAAGAAGCGCCACAGGAAACGGAAGAGAUGAGCCGCGUGUUGCUGUGCCAUCUCGGUACUCAGACAGAUCCCGUCUCGCACAUCACGCAAGGUGUACAGCUGUCUCUGAAGGAGCACAUCGAGAAGAAUUCGCCAGUCCUGGGUCGCAACGCGCAGUACGAGAAAACGUCGUCCAUUGCAAGCUUGCCACCCUUUCUGGUUGUCCAAUUUGCGAGAUUUGGUUACAAAGGAGCCAACGAGUGGGCUGGCACCAGUGCCUCAAAGGUGAAGCUGACGCGGAAAUGCGCCUUCACACACACUUUUGACAUUUUCGACUGCACUUCUGAUGAUGUGAAGAAACGACUCUCUGUUGGGCGAGUGAAGAAGAAGGAACAGGAAGACAAAGAGUUGGAGCGGCAAAAGGCCGCGUUGGAUAAGGGCAGCUCUAGCGCUGCAAAGGAGGAAGAUGUGGAAAUGAAGCCGGCAGAGGACUCGGAAAUGCAGUCUGUGGGCGUCGAGGAGCUGGACACCGGUUACUAUCAGCUUAUUGGAAUCGUAUCGCACAAAGGUCGAACUGCUGAUGGAGGGCACUAUGUGGGCUGGACACUGCACAAAAAGGCUGAUGGCAAAGACAUCAAGGAUGACAAGUGGGUUCUCUUUGAUGACGACGAGGUCAGCUUUGUGAAUUGGAAGGACAUGACAGGAAUGAGCACAGACCUUUGCGGCGGAAAGGCAGAUACUCAAAUCGCGUACAUCAACAUCUACCAGAGGAUAACAGUCCUGGCGGACCCUGGCCAAGCUUUGGGUAGCGAUGCCGGGGAGAAGGCUGAGAGCGGCUACUCUUCCAAAGAAGACGUGAAGAUGGAGGGGCAGUAG